GACUGUCAGCGAAGGUGGUUGGCUGUUGGUCUCUGUUCCCCUCCUCCUGACACUUGCUGACACCUACUGACGUUGUAGUUAAAUCUGGUUCUGGUGAGAGUCGCUUGUGAUACCUGCUGCUGGCUGGACCCACUGACUUAGAGUCAUGAUGGGUCGUUGUGUACUGCUGGCUGUCUUCCUCAUCGUUGCCUGGAGAAGAGGUUUGGUUCAUUGAAUGAAAAUCUCAUGAAUAUGAUAAAUAAAAAGAACUUCACUAAUGCCUCAGCUGAACAGCUUAUCGCCUGGAUGCCAAAUGACGGCUGGAACGAAAUGCAGCCAGCUAUGCUCAUGACAGCCAAAGGAACAGAGGUCACUAAGUUACUAAGUCAAUUGGACCACAGAAGCUCCCCCAACGCUUCUUGAACGAGUUGUCCCGUCUGGUUCUCCUCAACAUGACUGACCAAGAACUUAUUGCCAAGAUUAAAGAGACGGCCAAGCAGAUGACAGAGAUUGAGUGGGUGAGCGUCGUGGCCAGGCUGGGUGUUCCAAAACUGUGGUCAGCCGCCAACAUCACCUCUGGGACCGUCACUCUUCUAUCUUCCCAUCUGCCUCACUAAGAUCAAGGAUGAGGAUGCUGUUAAUGCUGUGAUGCAAGAGAUAACGAACUGCCAAGUGAAUAGUCCAGAUCCUCUUUGUCCGGACUCCAAAACAAUGAAUGAGAUCAAGGAGUCUUUCAACCUCAAGACGAAGUUCCCUCCCAUUAAUGAGUGGACGGACUCGAUUCUGGCACAGUUUGGUGGAGUGCCAAUGGCGCCAGUCUCCUUGGUGCCAUAUUUUAAUGACCAGUUGAUUAAGAAGGCUAAGCCUGAUAUUAUUAAGAUCAAAUUCGAUGCCAAUAAUUACUUACAGUGUUUGGUCUGGGCCCAAGCUCUCUGCCGGGUGGAUAAUUGUGACGAGAUGGAUAAAGAAACGGCUAUCACGUGGUACAACUCACUGGACGGGAUAGAGACUUGUAUCACGCCGUCAUUCUUCGAUCCUGUUGUGUUGGCGGAUGACUCACUGACCACUGAAGGCUCACUCAAGGCUAAACUCUUCGCUACUGUCAAGAGUAUGGGGAAGAUGAUGAUGGCCAGGGACUCCUACGCGGUGCAGAAGACCGUGUUUGAAGGGGUAACUGGAGCAAAUGUUACGAAGGAUGUCAUUGAUGGUUUAGGUGGUGACCACAUGGCACGGGCAUCUGCCUGUAUGCUACAGGGAGCAGCCAAACGUACCUUACUCAAGACAGUCCUCCCGUUGAUGAGUGGAAGUAUUAGCAUGGCUCAAGGGUCUGAAUUUCCCGCCAAGGUGGCAGCACUGAUGGAAGCCAACAUGCAGUCGGCUCUAAAUGGCAACACAUUCACCUACAGCAACAUUAAUGAGGCCCUGAGGUUACAUCAGCCCCAAGUAUAUUCGUGACCAGAGUGUCAACAACUUGGAACAGAUCACCAAGCUCAUGACGAGGCUGGCACCCCCAUGACCUCUUACCAGAUCUACGUCGUAUUGGCUAAGCUGGCUGUGGUGGAGCUCAAGAACUUCCCCGUGUUCCUCAGGGACUACGCUCCCACCGUCCUGCUCAAUGGUGCCAAUGUCGGAGAUCUCAACUCUAUAGCGAAAGAUAUGUCGCUUUUCUCUGCCG